AUGGCGGAGGUCAUAAAGCAAGCUGCAACACAAGCGGGCCUCGACCCAACACGGUACGCGACCCACUCCAUCAGAAUUGGAGGAGCCACCAAGCUUUGGAAUGCGGGUGCCGACCACCUGGUCAUCAAGGUGCUAGGCAGGUGGCUUUCGAACGCUUUUGAAGAAUAUCCGGUGCUGUCGGCAGAAGGCGCGCGUGAUAUUGCUCAGUUAACGUGCUAG